AUGGGCCGCAGGCACAGAAACCGGCGCCGCCUGCAGCUGCAGCAGCUGCAGCAGCCGCAGCCGAAAAUGCAACCGCAGCAGGAGCUGCAGCCGCAGCCGGUGCAGGCCGGGAAGCGCCAUCCCACGGGCUGGGAAGGAGGUUACCCGGAGAUCGUCAAAGAAAACAAGCUCUUUGAACAUUAUUAUCAGGAGCUGAAGAUUGUUCCAGAGGGCGAAUGGGAUCAGUUUAUGGAUGCCCUCAGGGAGCCUCUUCCAGCUACUUUAAGAAUAACUGGAUACAAGAGCCAUGCAAAAGAGAUUCUCCAUUGCUUGAAGAACAAGUAUUUCAAGGAGUUGCAGGAUCUCGUGGUCGAUGGACAGAAAGUUGAAGUGCCACAGCCACUAAGCUGGUAUCCAGAAGAGCUUGCCUGGCACACAAACCUGAGUAGAAAGAUCUUGAGGAAGUCUCCACAGCUGGAAAAGUUUCACCAGUUUCUAGUCAGUGAAACUGAAUCUGGAAAUAUCAGUCGUCAAGAAGCUGUGAGCAUGAUUCCACCUUUGCUGCUGAAUGUGGAGCCUCAUCAUAAGAUUUUAGAUAUGUGUGCUGCGCCAGGAUCCAAGACUACCCAGCUGAUUGAAAUGCUACACGCUGACAUGAAUGUUCCUUUUCCAGAGGGAUUUGUAAUUGCUAACGAUGUUGACAAUAAACGCUGCUAUUUGCUGGUGCAUCAGGCGAAAAGGUUAAACAGUCCCUGUAUCAUGGUGGUGAACCAUGAUGCAUCGAGCAUCCCUAGACUACACAUUGACGUGAAUGGAAGAAAAGAAGUUCUCUUCUAUGAUCGAAUUUUAUGUGACGUUCCCUGCAGUGGAGAUGGAACAAUGAGAAAAAACAUUGACGUAUGGAAAAAGUGGACAACACUAAACAGCCUCCAACUGCAUGGUUUGCAGCUACGGAUUGCAACCCGAGGUGUCGAGCAGCUGGCAGAAGGCGGUAGGAUGGUGUAUUCGACAUGUUCGCUAAAUCCUAUUGAGGAUGAAGCAGUGAUAGCAUCUCUGCUGGAAAAGAGUGAAGGUGCUUUGGAGCUUGCUGAUGUUUCUUCUGAGCUUCCAGGAUUAAAGUGGAUGCCUGGAGUCAUACAGUGGAAGGUGAUGAUGAAAGACGGGCAGUGGUUUGCUGAUUGGAAAGAUGUCCCUCAGAACCGACAUACCCAAAUUCGACCCACCAUGUUCCCACCAAAGGAUCAAGAAAAAUUAGCGGCGAUGCAUCUAGAGCGCUGUCUCAGAAUAUUACCUCACCAUCAAAAUACCGGAGGGUUUUUUGUGGCAGUUCUAGUCAAAAAAUCUCCAAUGCCGUGGAAUAAACGUCAGCCCAAGCUCCAACGCAAAAAUCCACCCGUAGGUAGAGAAGCUUCGGAGACGGGCAGCGAAGCUCCCCUGGAAGCGGGCAGCGAGGCCCCCCAAGAAGUGGGCAGCGAGGCCCCCCAAGAAGCGGGCAGCGAGGCCCCCCAAGAAGCGGGCAGCGAGGCCCCUGCAGAUACUGACAGCGAAGCCCCCUUGGAGACUGAAGAGAUCCAUGGCUCUCUGAAUUUAGAGAGUGAUGGAAACAAGAAGGAUGGCGUAUGUGGGCCACCUCCAAAUAAGAAAAUGAAGUUAUUUGGAUUUAAAGAAGAUCCGUUUGUGUUUAUUCCUGAAGAUGAUCCAUUAUUUCCACCUAUUCAGAACUUUUAUGCUUUGGCUCCUUCAUUCCCUAAGAUGAAUUUGUUAACUCGAACUCAAGAGGGGAAGAAGAGACAGUUAUACAUGGUCUCUAAGGAACUGCGGAAUGUGCUGCUGAACAAUAGCGAAAGGAUGAAGGUUAUUAACACCGGGAUAAAAGUUUGGUCACGCAACAAUGAUGGUGAACAGUUUGGCUGUGCCUUCAGACUAGCACAGGAGGGAAUAUAUACAUUGUAUCCAUUCAUUAAUUCAAGAAUAAUUUCUGUUUGCAUGGAAGAUGUUAAAGUGUUGUUAACCCAGGAAAACCCAUUUUUUAGUAAAUUUAGCAGUGAAACACACAAGCAAGCUAAGGAUUUGGUCAUGGGAAGUAUUGUCCUGAAAUAUGAACCAGAUGCUCAGAAACAAGAUACCCUUCAGUGCCCCAUUGUGCUGUGUGGAUGGCGUGGAAAGACCUCAAUUCGUGCUUUUGUGCCCAAGAACGAAAGGUUCCAUUACCUAAGAAUGAUGGGAGUCGAAGUGUUCCGAGAGAAGAGGAAAGAGGGCGAUCCCGAGAACAAAGCAGAAGAGAAUCAAGCCACUACCGGACCGUCGGAGGAAGAGAUGAAGGAGGAAGGUCCAGCGAAAGAAUCCGACAACUCGAACUCAAAAGCAGGUGCCGAAUCGGAUGAACCUGGGCAGGAACCGAUGCAAAGCAGUGUUGACGAAGCAGAGAGUAAAACAGGAAGCAGCCAGGCCGACGACACUGAGAGUCAGAAACAUUGUUGAUCAGAGAAUGCCAAAGACUGAGUCCGUUUCAGUUUUAAGUUCAUUUACCUGCCUUGCCUUCAGAAGACGCAGACCUAGAACUUGGCUCGGGCCGGAAAAUACUUUUGAAAGACAAGAUUAAGUGAAUGGGACUGUAUGCCUGGCGUGAAUAUCCUGUCGAGCUGUCCCUUGUUUUACUUUUUUACAGAGUAUAACAAAGGAUAUUUUUCAGCUUCUUACAAGAAGCUUUUGUUUUUAUUAGUAUGGCUCAGGUGGUUGUGUUUUGUCUAUUGCCGGCAAGAUUGUUACAGGAUUGCAAGAUUGUACAGAAAUUUUGUAUUGCUGGUACAAGAUCUCGUACCAGUAAAAUCAUUAAGCAAAGUCAAGCCUAAGCCUGGGCUUUGGGAAGUUUUUAGAGUUCAUUAAUCUUACAUUCAUAUUCGCUAGGGCGGUGGGGGAAAGUCCUGUAAAAUACCAGUGCGCUGAUCUUUGGACCAUCGGAUUAUUUUUAUUAGUCCGUACCUCCUGGGUGGACUAAUAGGAAAAUCCUCCUUUUAGCUUUAAUAGUUGUGUGAGUUGCACAUUGCAGGAAGGGGCAUUUUUUUUGGAGCAAGGUUACUAUCUCAGGUUUCGGAUGAGUUCUGUACUUUUUGAAAUAAAGGAGAUGCUAUACUGUUUUUCUCAAAGUAAAAA